ACACCAGUAGAACAAACACACUCUCAUCUUUGAACUUGGGAUUUCCAGUGGUGAAAGCAUGCCAGCAGAAAACAAGGAUUGGGUGAUUCGUAUCCCCAGGUCUGACAACACCAAUGAAUUCGUACUUAUAUACAUAGCUCCUACGGGCAAAGCAGCUUUGGAUCUGAGGUUCAUCGCAACUGAAGGAGAGAACCCGUAUGUAGGAUCAUUACGACAAUCGCGUCUCAAGGACAUCCGCUCAAAGAACUUUCAAGGCACCGAACAAGAGCUUGAGCAGAUUCUAAAAUCCGUACUGAGGGUUCGGAAUGUAUCUUAUGAGCCUAAGCAAGAGUCGGAAAUUGAGGCUACAGCUUCAAUAAAGUCGACCAAGGAGGAGGUUAAUGAGUUGGUAAUUACUAUUCGUAAGAAGAUUGAUAGUAUCACUCAACGCGUCGCAUCACUAACCCUUACCCAAAAUGACGACCAAACCAUCGAACUAUUCGAAUGGAUGGGCCUUAUUCUCUCACGCACAGAUGUAUACGAGCACCAAAUCUCCACCUUGACAACUCAUCUCCAAGUCGCACAAAAAUCAAUCAAGGACCUUCAAACCAGCCUCGAUGAUUUGGUGAAAUCCAGGAAGGAGCAUGAGAAUAUGCUACUAGGCAGUUUUGCGCAGGUUCUUAAUGAGAAGAAACUCAAGAUUAGGAAUCAGCAGAGACUUUUGGCGAGUGCGAUCGUUGAUUCCGAUAAAGUACGCGAAUUAGAGUCAAUGGACCAAGAAAAGCCAGCGCCCAAAACUCGACGCAACAAACGCAAAGCUCCAAUCCGACAACAAGAAUCGGACUCAGACGAUGGAUUCGAAAAGAUGGACAUUGACAAACCCAAACCAUCUCGUAGGGGAGCUACAAAAAACCAAGCAGAAGAUCAACAGGAUGUCGCUGAAGAAGAGGAUGAAGAAGAUGAAGAUGAAGAAUUACGACCAGAAACACCUCAACCAUUAGAAGAAGAGACCGAAUCAGAAGCUGAAGAGGAGAGAAUGGCGUCUCCCCCAGAUGAGGAGAAAAGAGAAGAGAACAAAUCGACACGUCCAAAUUUGACUAGGGCAGCUGAUCCACCUCCUCCCCCGAGGAGAGACUUGCCGUUUGCGCGGAGAGGUAAAGGUGCUGCUGAUACUAGCAGUAAGGAAGCGGAGAAGGCGGCUGAACAGCAUGGGGGAGACGAUGACGCUACAGGAGGGGAAACGGAUGAUGAUGAGUUGUAAAUCUGUACUAUUACCUUUUAUUUAACCUAGUGACAUAACUAGACAUGAGUCGGAUUUGCCUGUAAUUCUA